UCUGCCGUCAAUACAAACUGUUGUGUGUUUCUACUUUCUAAUCAUGCUUUAUGAUGGCUUCUAGAAGAUGUAAUCUCUGUAUUUAUCCAUGGCUACGUGACUCAGGGAGGGACACUGUCCCCAUCAACCGUGAUAUAUAUACAUACCAGAUUGUGUUAUAUGGAAUGGAUUAAACAUGUAGCACAACUCUGUGUGAUAUACGUGGUUUGGAGAUUCUGUAGAAUGGAUAUCCCCAGAUAUGUGUGAUAUAACCGGUCAAGUCUGUAUGUGCAGUGGAUUUACCUUACUUGGAUAUCAUAACUCUGUAUGUGCAGUGGAUUUACCUUACAUUGAUAACAUAAGUCUGUAUGUGCAGUGGAUUAACCUUACUUGGAUAACAUACAUCUGUAUGUGCAGUGGAUUUACCUUACAUUGAUAACAUAAGUCUGUAUGUGCAGUGGAUUAACCUUACUUGGAUAUCAUACAUCUGUAUGUGCAGUGGAUUAACCUUACUUGGAUAUCAUAAGUCUGUAUGUGCAGUGGAUAAACCUUACAUUGAUAACAUAAGUCUGUAUGUAUAAUGGAUUUACCUUACUUUAAAAACAUCAGUCUGUAUGUAUAAUGGAUUUACAGUACUUUAAUAACAUCAGUCUGUAUGUAUAAUGGAUUUACAGUACUUUAAUAACAUCAGUCUAUGGAAUUCGGUGCUUCUAUAGUAUGGUUUUAUCCAGGUAGCAGGAGAGGCUUGGAUAGACGUUGUGAUUCGGUCGGAAUAACAAUAGAAAAUAGAAAAUGACGACGCACGUGGAAGAUCUUGAAAUGACAGACGAGUCGGAUGGCUCUGCUUCUCCGUCACUAUCACAGUCAGGCCCGCUGAUGUCGCGUAACUCUCUUAUCGAGGAAGAUGAAACAGACGACGAAGACGAAAUCAAUCAUGAAGUGGCUACCGGAAACGGAGCUGAUUUCCGUCGGAAGUCCAUGCCAGCGAUCAUGAGGCGUCUCAGCAGCAUACAAAGCACCAUUCGGACACAUAUUCGAAUCCAGAAUUUCCUGUUGAAAUACAUCCUCUUCUUCUUCAACUUUUUAUCUUGGAUGGCGGGACUAGUUGCUGUGGGAGUUGGGUUAUGGAGCCUACUGGACGACGGUGGGAUAAUCGCUGAUGCCGUUGACUUCGUUCUGGACCCAUCGGUCAUUAUCGUUAUUCUAGGAGCCAUUACAUUCAUUGUUGCAUUCCCGGGCUGCCUCGGAGCCGUUCGUGAGAACAUCAUUCUUCUUAGAGUGUUUCAUCUGUCACUAUCGUUAGUCCUCGUCAUAGAAAUUGUGGCCGGAACCCUUAUCAUCGUGUUUUACUCUGACCCAUCAGCGCGGGAAAAUCUACGUCAUGCACCAGAAAAAGUGUUGAAGAAAGCAAUCAUUCGAUACAAAGAUGAUGAUUACUAUAAAGUUUGGAUGGACAAUGUUCAAAAACAGUUUAAGUGUUGCGGUGUGAGCCACACAGACGAAGGCUACAAAGACUGGCAGCUCAACAUCUACUUCAACUGUACCCGCCUCAACCCAAGUAUAGAGCGAUGUGCUGUUCCUUUUUCCUGUUGUAUAUUUUAUCCUGGUGAGCGUAUAAAUAUGAUGUGUGGUUUCGGAAAAACAAAUAAAACG